AUUCGAAUCCCGGUCGAGGCUUGAUAUUUUCCCGUAGGCCCGAACCUUCAGUCCUCACAAAGCCGCGGAGGGACCUCUACACUCCCGCCGUACAUUAACCGGUACAACAGUUUCAUGUGGAAUGAUUAAGUAACCAUUGCGAUGCUCUGUGAAACUGAGUGAUGCUGAUGAUAAAACGUGAAUUGUUUGGUUUUAAGUGGUGAUUAAUUUAUGAGAUUGUUCGUGGCUCUGAAGGGGACACUUAGUGUUGGUUGGACGAGGUCGUAACGCGGUCCUUGUGAAGAGCAUUAACAAAUUUAGGCGCCAUCCAGGCAUGAUUUGAACAAUCGAGGAAGGCGCGUGCGCGCGCGAAUGGUGCGCAGUGAUGGGGGGGCCGCGGCGCAUGUCCAGUGCGCUGCUGCUGCCCUUCGCGCUGCUGUCCCUGCCACCCACCGAUGCUGCCAACACUACCACCUACCGGGAAGAAGUAGAAUCGUCACUUCGUCUGGUGCAUGCAGUGGCUACCGGUGCGACAGGAGCGCUGUGUGUCACACACCGGUAUGGGCGGCUGCGGGCACCACUGCACGCGGCGCGGUGGGACACUGCAAGAGCCAGGGCUGAUCUCGCUGCUAACCUACUCCAUCAACUAGGCUUGGAAUCUGCAGAAGUGCUAAUGGCAGUAUCACAAGGCCUGGUGCUGGGAACAAGUCCUGCGGAGCGAGCAGUAGGGGCAAGGGCAUUGGCCUUAAGAUCUGAUGGAGUGGUGAACAGUGCAGUAGCCUGGGCGAGAUAUGGCACCGCUGACCCUAUUGCUGUAGUGUCCCCGCAGUUGGAAAAGCCACCGGAUCCUGAAUAUCCUUGGUACGAGUCAGCACAUGAAAUAGAAACGCUCCGGUCUCCGAAGUUCAUGCCAUCGCCACCUGGUGAAACAAUGGAAGGCUGGUGGACGUAUCCAUACUACAGCUGCGAAGCCAAACGAUGGUUAUUGUCCUAUACCGUGCCUGUUGCAACAGUGCGAGGAUUGAAAGGUAUCGUCUCGCUAGACAUAGACAUAUCGAGUUUGGAAAUUAACCAGUGCGAGGCAGAUACUGAAGAUGAUAAUGAUAACCAAAUAUAUUCUUUUCACGGCACACACAAAUGCCCUAACGACACUACUUACUGUGAAUACAAACCAAACAGAGAGAUGAAUGUGCGACAUGCUGGUUGGGCGCGAGGGUCAUAUAUUUGCCGAUGUCGUCCCGGAUACUAUUCGACACAUCACCGUGAAGGAUAUAAUGGAUCCCUUGUUGAAGUGGCUUACCAAGAAUACGAAGAAAACGAUCUAGAAAACUGGAGUGAGCCUUACGAGUGUCUGAAAUGUCAGCCGGGCUGCGAAACAUGCCGGGGACCGGAACCGUGUCUCGCCACUUACAACUGGCCAUUCCGGAUAUCUUUACUGGUAAUAUCAGUAAGCUGUGCAGUCAUGACAGUAUGUCUGACCAUCUACACUCGUCAUCACCGCAGAGUGAAAGUAUUCCGAGUGGCCAGUCCGGUGUUCCUGUCAAUAACACUACUUGGAUGUGCUAUCAUGUAUAUGGAGAUGGCAGCUAUAUUCCCGGUGUUGGAUAGAUACUCCUGCAUUGCAACAAAAUGGACCAGACAUAUGGGAUUCUGUAUCACUUACACAGCACUUCUGAUGAAGACAUGGAGAGUAUCUCUGACAUACCGAGUGAAGUCAGCUCACAAACUGAAGCUGACAGACAAACAGUUGCUGCAGUGGAUGGCACCGAUACUCCUCAUCAUGCUGGUCUACCUCGGCACCUGGACACUGUCUGCUCCACCUGAUGCUGAAGUUAUAACAGACAACAGAGGCCUGAAAUUCAAGCAAUGUACUUACAAUUGGUGGGAUCACAGUUUAGCUAUAGGUGAAAUCCUGUUCCUACUAUGGGGCGUGCGAGUAUGCUACCGCGUCCGCCACGCUGAGAGCCUGUACAAUGAGGCGCGGCUCAUCUCUAUAGCCAUUUAUAACAUAUUUACUGUCAACUCUCUCAUGAUAGCUUUCCAUUUACUAAUAUUACCUCGGGCUGGACCUGACAUUAAGUAUCUUCUUGGGUUCAUAAGAACUCAACUAUCUACUUCAACCACAGUGCUGUUGGUGUUUUUACCUAAGGUAUUACGUGUGGUACGUGGUACAGGCGACACAUGGGACAGUCGCGCCCGUGCCCGCGGCGUACCAGCUUCCUCCUCACUGAAUGGUAUAGGCCUUGUGCCUGACGAACCACCCGACCUCUAUCAGGAGAAUGAGGAACUUAAGGAGGAAGUUCAAAAACUAGCAGCUCAGAUAGAGUUCAUGAAGAUAGUGCAGAUGGAGAUGCACAACCGUCACUUGCGGCCGCGGCCCGGCGGGUACUUCACUACCAACGCUAACUCCGCCGCGCCGCAGAGCCCUAUACACCCAAAGACUGUUAACAUUUCACAGGACAGUACAGAAUGGAGCGGACCAGUGUGACUGGUAGCGCUGAGCGAUAGUGGGUGGUCGUGGCCGGGCCCGGCGGGGAAGCGCGUCACCACCACGGUGGACGUGCGCCCGCCGGCGUACGUGUGACGUCACAACUCAUCACGCAUCCAUUGCUUUGUUUCGCUCAGUUCAGUGAUCAGACUUUUAUUUGCAUUUUAGUAGCUAAGUAACUUUUUCUUGCUUUAAAAAUAACAUAGAGUUGCAGUAACACAAGUGAUUUAUAGUUGUUUAAAGUUAUUCAUUAUAGUGACCUCAAGAAGUUACCAAUGAUAACAGCUCUGCGUAGAGUAAGUUUAACUGUGCUUUUCAUUCCAAAUAUUUUAUUGCAUCGUAUGAAAUCAAGUCUGUUGAUAGUAUGUAAAUGUAUUUAUAGUUAUUUUGGAACGACGAUAAAUCGUAACCGUUGUUUAUUAGAUAGGAUAAUGUCAUAAAAUAAUAUUUAAUUAGCAAUUUUUAUGUUCAUUCAUACAUUUGUGCAGAAAGGCUAGUGGUCAAUACUGUACCCUUAGUACCAGUUUGUACUACGAUUUAGGCUUUCUCUUGGUUGGUUUAUUUUGCCUGCCAAUCAGAGCGCUCUCGUUUCGAAUACUUCAAACGCAAACCAAAGUCAUACUAAGAGCGGAUUACGGUUAAAUACUCAUUACAGUCAGAUAGUUAUACAAUUUGUAACAUAUACCAAAGAAUUGUAAUAAUUUUUGUGUUUUAGUACAAACUGUGCCACCAAAUAAUAGCGUAGUUUGCCAUGAACUGUGUUCUUGUGAGACUAUUAUAAUUUAUGCUUAUUCUAGUUUAAUAUUCCAAGUAUUGUAUUGUAAACAUUCCAAAUGUAAUACUUAUUAGUAAAUUAAUGUUACUUUUUAAUAUAAUUAACUCUUUAAAUAAGUUAUUGUCUGGUGAAACAAACAGGCUCCUUCUCAUAGAGCCCAUUGGGAAGGACACUAUGUUUGUUAAGCUGUAGGCAGCCGCCUGCUCGAUGUCAUUGCAAAAAAAAAGAAAUUACUCCAUAGAUAAUAUAAUAAACACAUCUGUCAGUGUCAUCCAGACUUCAAAUUGGCGGGAAAUCAAAUAAAAUUAUAAUUUGUAAUAUAUUUGUAGCUAUACGUUAAAAUGUCGGGCACUGAGUGUUCAUCGUUAGGACAGACAAUAAGAAGUAAAAUUUUCGAAAAACCUAACUUCAUAAGUCAUGGAAUUUAACAACUAAACAAAAUCUUAUUUAAUUUAGAUUAAAGUUUAAUUAUUAAGUUUGAACCUUUUGAAACAUAGCACUUGUUAUCUAUUAUGUGUUGUAGGUAAACUAGUACAUACAUCAUAAACCAUUUGUAUAGUUUUAGGCGUAAACAAAUUGUACAUAUGAAUCAAAAUAAAGCAUAAAUUCUAAAGUGUUGUACAUAAACUCAUUAGAGAUGUUUAAUUAUUAUUUUGUUUCAUUUACCAUCUGUGAUAAGCAGUAUUAUCAAUUAUAAUGUUGUAUUGUGAUGCUGUUGUAUGGAUCUUUAUAGAGAAGCUGUUUAACAAAAUGUCUGGUACACUCAGCCAGUUUACUUGGUACCUAUACAGAUAAAAAUGUAAAGAUUGAUUCAGUAUAUACAUACAAUAAUUAUCAAUAAAAGUGCUGCCACAUAAUUAGAUAUAUCAUAAAAUCUUACAUCUCUUUAAAGAUUCAUACAAUAUGCCAUUAUUCUAUAGAUUGAGCAUGAUUGAGAUAUAAGAUUGUAAAAGAAAUGUGUAUCCAAAUAUGUUUUUGGUGUAUCCAUAUCUGGCAAAUGCUCUGUUCACGAACAACCCGUGGACGGCGCAGGGGUAGCGCACCAAGCACUUGUUCAUAAGCAGCACAUUCGUCAGAUUUGGAGACAUCUCUUAUUAGGCUUUAGCUCAAUAAUUAAAGGAGAGGAGCAAAGAACCGGGCCCACGGUUUCUUUGCUCACCUUUUUUCUAAUCCUUAGUCUUCACUCUUCACUUUCUAUUCUACCCUAGUUAUCCUAUAAUAAAUGUUAUUUUUUGACGCUAGUUGGCUAUCCUAUCAUUUAAUGUAGGUGUUAAAUAUUACUGUGCUAAGUGUGUUAUUAGAAUAUUUUUCAAGAUGAAUGUUUUUAUGCUGAUUUUUAAUAAUUCAUGCAAAUAAAAGGAAACCUGUGCUGCAAUGAUAAAAAUACCUAAAAAGUUCAUGUGUAAUUUUGAAUUCACACAAAGAUCUAUAAUCUUUGUUAGAAUGAGUUCACUUUUUAAGUGUUUGGAAAGAAUUUUGUAAAAUAAUUAGAUGUUUAUGUAAACUUUACACUUGUUUAUUUUGAUAUGUAUUUAAAUGUUGAACUUGCUGUUUGAUUUCCAAUAGCGAAUUGAACACAAAAUAUUCCUUUACACAAUAUUUGUACUGAGAAAAACAUGAGAGAAAACUAUACUGAAAUACUGACACACAAUGUUCAGUAUGUUUUAGAAGUUAAAUUGAAAUUAAUUUAACAUUGUCACAUCUCAAAAAGCAAAAAUAACUUAAUGAAGAAAACCUUGAAUAUAUUCAGGCCAGAAAAUUUCAAAUGAAACAUGAACAAAAUACAGUAUUUGUCGUUAUUCUAAUGACACAGAAAGAAAUCGUUGUAGCCUUUAUUCAAACGAGUAAAACUCAUCAUUUGUAGGUGUGCCAGUAGCUUAAGUUUUAAAUGUGAUAUAAAUAAAAAAUUAGUACAAUAUAAUAUUCUAUUUUUUAUUUUCUUGAAUAUAAUUUUACUAUUUGAAUCUCUUUAGACUUAACUAUUUCAUGUUCUACGUGCCAAGUUAUAAAUUUUCGAAGUGAAUAUAAAAAUUUGAAUGUAUCAAUUUUUGUAUAGUUUUUUUAGAUAUUAAAUACAUUACAUAGUAAUCACAAUGUAACUGAGUGUUAUAUUAGAAUUGGUGUAAUAAGUAUUGUUAAUCUAUGAUACUCGUUUCUAGGUGAAUUUUAUGUAAGAAGUUCUGUUUUUACAUUAAAAUAAAAAUGACUGUU